UCCGCCAAUCUCAUACAAUUCUAUCUGCCUCCUUCUUGCCCCUCCUUCCCUCUGUUAGACUCAAUAACAGAAACUCCCAGGAAACAAACAUAAUUUCUCUUCUAGCCCUGCAACAAGCUAGAAUCUUUCUCUACGGGAUCAACUUGCCAAAGGAACCGAAGGGAUUACACCAGAUCUGAGAUGGAAACCUUCUCUCUUCUGCUACUCAGCCUGGGGUUGGUGCUUGCAGGAGUUUCAGAAAGCAUAAUGGAGAUAAUUAAAGAAGAAUUUACAGAGGAAGAGAUGCAACAUGACAUGGCAAAAAGUGACCAAGAAAAACAGAGCAUUGAGGUAUUAAUGAACUUCACCCUGUUAGAUAAAAAUACCAGCCUCAGCACAUCCAAGGAUAUUAUGUCUUUCCCAUCACUGACAUUCAGAAGAUUACAUUAUAGUGUCCCCAAGGGAAACAGUUCAGGUGAUGGUAAAGAGUGUUGCAAUGACAUGACAGUUUGGAGAAAAGUUUCAGAAGCUAAUGGGUCAUGUGAGUUGAGCAGUAACUUCAUCCAUGGCUCUUUGGAAGUGAUCCAUGGGGUCCACAAGGCCCCAGGCUGCAAGUUUGGACACAAUCGUGGCAUAUGCUGCUGUGAGAGUCCAGAGCUGGAGAAUACUAUGCGCCAGCUCACUACAGGCAAACAACUCCCCAGAUGCCAAUACCACAGCAUUACUUCAUUAAAGAAAAUGUUGACACUGCUGACAGGUCAUUCUCUAAUGAGCUGGUUAGUUAGUGGCUCUAAGUUGUAAAUCCUACAGAGCUUGGAGACUGGGGUCUAACUAAAGAAGGACAUAUUCAUGUUCAUUUUUUUUCUUUCCUUCCAUUAUUCAGAUCUACCCUUUAGCACUAUAGUAAAUUCUUGAUUAUGUAUACUAACUGAAAGACUGAAAAAUCCAAAAUUGUGAAUAAUUCAAUUAAAAUUUAUAACUGA